AUGGAACUACCUAUCCCUGAUGGACCUCCUGAACUGCACGAACCAGCCCCUCAAUCUGCGGUACUACUGGCGGUGCCUCCAGUCUCAUUUGCUGGCCCUAACCUCGACCCUAAAAUCGGUUCUGUUGCUGAUUCUGCCCUUUCCCUUGCUGGGCUCCUACUGUGCCCUAAAACUUGCACUGCUAAGGCGCUCUCUGAUCCUUCUGGGGUCCUCUCCUACGAGGAACUUGUUGCUGCUGUUGCUGGGGUCCUGAAAAAGGCCUCUUAUUCUUAUUAUUACUAUUAUGCUGGGUGUGGACAUAUCGCCCGCCGCUCCGACCGACCGGUCCACACCGGCCGCUGGACCGCUGCCCUCUUCAUCAUCGGAGUAGAGAUAGCAGAGAGGUCUGCGUAUUACGGCAUAUCAUUGAAUCUGAUUACGUACUUGACCGGCCGGCUUCACCAGUCGACGGCAGCUGCAGCGGUUGCAAUCAAUGCUUGGUCAGGUGUUGCCUCGAUGUUGCCGCUGAUCGGUGCAUUCAUCGCCGAUUCUUACCUCGGCCGGUACCGGAUGAUUGCCAUUGCAUCGGGUCUUUAUGUUCUGGGUCUUGGCAUGUUAACACUGUCAACCAUCCUAACAAACCUGCACACCCAUUCCCAACUCAUCUUCUUCUACUUCUCCCUGUACUUAGUAGCCUUUGCUCAAGGCGGUCACAAGCCCUGCACGCAAGCGUUCGGCGCGGACCAGUUCGAUGAUGAUGAUCCGGACGAGUCUGAAGCCAGAAGCUCCUUCUUCAAUUGGUGGUACUUUGGGAUGAAUGUUGGUAUUAUUGCUUCUUUAUUGACAUUGAGUUAUGUUCAGGAUAACGUAAGUUGGGGGCUUGGGUUUGGGAUCCCGUGCAUUCUAAUGGUGGUUGCUUUGGUUGUGUUCUUGAUGGGGACAAGGACUUAUCGAUAUUAUCUACUGGAAGAGGAAAAUCCUUUUGGCAGAGUUGGAAGAGCCUUUGUUGCUCUGGUAAGAAGUUGGAGAGCCUCCUGGUGGGGUUCGAGUCGAAGAAAUCCUGAGUCCAACAAAGCUGCAGGCAUAGCUAACGAUGCGUUAGUCCAAGAAGCCAAGGAAGUCAUUCGACUCAUCCCAAUCUGGGCAAGUUGCUUGAUCUAUGCAACAGUCUUCGCCCAGUCCUCGACUCUAUUCACCAAACAAGGCAGCACCCUCGAUCGAAGAAUCGGUCCACACUUUAAAGUCCCGCCUGCAGCCCUCCAGAGCUUCAUCGGCGUCUCCAUAAUCGUCUUCAUCCCCAUCUACGACCGAGUCCUCAUUCCAAUAUCACGAAAAUUUACGAAACUACCAUCAGGCAUCACCGUUCUCCAAAGAAUAGGCGUUGGCAUGCUCAUCUCAACAAUGUCCAUGAUAAUAGCAGCAUUGGUGGAGAAAAAGAGGCUUAAGAUUGUGAGAAAUCUCAGUUUGAUUAAUAAGCCUAAAGAACCUGUACCGAUGAGCUUGUGGUGGCUCGUACCUCAGUAUGUUCUAUUUGGUGUCGCUGAUGUAUUCACGGUGGUCGGGCUUCAAGAGUUUUUCUAUGAUCAGCUUCCCGAUGGAUUGAGGAGCCUGGGACUAGCGCUUUACCUCAGCAUUUUUGGCAUUGGGAGCUUCAUUAGCAGUUUUCUCGUGUCGAUAAUUGAUGGAGUAACUGAGAAGAAUGGAGAGAGUUGGUUUUCGAACAAUUUGAACCGUGCUCAUCUUGAUUAUUUCUAUUGGCUUCUUGCUGGAUUUAGCGCUCUUGGGGUGUUGGUUUAUCCGUUUUUGGCGUCGGCUUAUGUUUACAAGAAGAAACACAAUAGUGUAGUUUGAUUCUUACCAGGUUUGUGCAAUUGCAUAUAUUA